AUGGCCGUUGCCGCUGCAGCCACUGCUGCCACCAUGGCUGCUGCGCCCACUUUCCUGUCGGGCGCAGCCGCACCCAGCCGCGUCGCACCUCAGCACAGUAGGGCUGCUGCCAGCAGCCAGCCAUCCAUGGGCGCCCUGAAUUUGUCCAGCUUGGCCGUUGCCGGUGUGGCCACCAGCGCGCUGGUGGUGAACCGAAGCAAGUCCAAGGUUACUCGUAACUUCUUUGGAGGGUCCAGCAGCUAUAGCAGCUUCGACCCGGCAAAGGAGUUGGGUGUGCAAGAACCCAUCGGGUUUUGGGAUCCUCUUGGUCUGAGCGCAGACAAGGAUGAAGCGACCUUCAAGCGCCGCCGUGCCGUCGAGAUCAAGCAUGGCCGAAUUGCCAUGUAUGCAACGAUUGGCUACAUUGUCCCCGAGUACUACAAGUUCCCAGGAUACCUUUCUCCAUCUUUGGGUCUGAAAUUUUCCGACGUGCCCAACGGCCUUGCAGCUUUGUCCAAGCUGCCUGUGCUCGGCGGUGCUCAGAUCAUUGCCUUCGCUGGUUUGAUUGAGACCACUGGAUUCUUCCAGGCAGCUUCCACCACCGAUGGACGUGGCCCUCGUGAGGGUCAGUUCAGCAUGAAGGACUCCACAGAGACUGGUGAGCCAGGCAACUACGGUGUUGGCUUCCCCACCUUCUUGGGUAAGGUCGAGGACCCUGAGGCUCGCAAGUCUAAGCUCGCGGCCGAGUUGGCCAACGGCAGAUUGGCAAUGAUGGCGAUCAUCGGAAUGUUUUUCCAGGAUGGAUUGACUGGCUCCGCUUGGGGAGACUGGAGCUUGUACACUGCCUCUCCUUUGCGUGCUGGCCGCGAGUCCAAGGUUGCUCGUAACUUCUUUGGAGAGUCCAGCAGCUAUAGCAGCUUCGACCCGGCAAAGGAGCUGGGUGUGCAAGAACCCAUCGGGUUUUGGGAUCCUCUUGGUCUGAGCGCAGACAAGGAUGAAGCAACCUUCAAGCGCCGCCGUGCCGUCGAGAUCAAGCAUGGCCGAAUUGCCAUGUAUGCAACGAUUGGCUACAUUGUCCCUGAGUACUACAAGUUCCCAGGAUACCUUUCUCCAUCUUUGGGUCUUAAAUUUUCCGACGUGCCCAACGGCCUUGCAGCUUUGUCCAAGCUGCCUGUGCUCGGCGGUGCUCAGAUCAUUGCCUUCGCUGGUUUGAUUGAGACCACUGGAUUCUUCCAGGCAGCUUCCACCACCGAUGGACGUGGUCCUCGUGAGGGUCAGUUCAGCAUGAAGGAUUCCACAGAGACUGGUGAGCCAGGCAACUACGGCGUUGGCUUCCCCACCUUCUUGGGUAAGGUCGAGGACCCUGAGGCUCGCAAGUCUAAGCUCGCGGCCGAGUUGGCCAACGGCAGAUUGGCAAUGAUGGCGAUCAUCGGAAUGUUUUUCCAGGAUGGAUUGACUGGCUCUGCUUGGGGAGACUGGAGCUUGUACACUGCCUCUCCUUUGCGGGCCGAAGAUGCAGAGGAGCCUCCUAAGCCUCCUCCCUUCGACCCUGCCAAACAGGUGGGCGCCAUGGAACCUUUGGGUUACUUUGACCCUGCGGGAUUCUGCAAGGUGGGUGACAAGGAGGGAUUCCAGAACCUCCGGGCUGCGGAGAUCAAACAUGGACGAGUGGCUAUGAUGGCCGCCCUGGGUGCAGUGGCGCAGCACUACAUCAAAUUCCCCGGUUUCGAGUCAGUGCCUGCCGGUGUGGGUGCGGUGACCACGGCCCCUGGGACCUACGGCUUUGCUGCGCUAUUCCUGCUCUCGGGUGCCAUGGAGUUGGCCGUGUGGACUCAGGACCCCAACAAGGAGGCCGGUGACUUCGGUGAUCCCUUGGGCCUGGGUCAGUACAACGAGGAGUUCCGCAACAAGGAGCUGAACAACGGCCGAUUCGCCAUGUUCGCAGCCAUUGGCAUCAUCUCGGCGGACUUGCUGACCGGUAAGGAUGCCAUCCAGCAGCCCUCCGUUUGCCCCAUUUUCUCGCGCGGGUCCAGCCCAGUCAGCGUCGCCAUCGUCAGUAUCAUGACCAAGGCAUCUAAAACCAUGGCCGUUGCCGCUGCAGCCACUGCUGCCACCAUGGCUGCUGCGCCCACUUUCCUGUCGGGCGCAGCCGCACCCAGCCGCGUCGCACCUCAGCACAGUAGGGCUGCUGCCAGCAGCCAGCCAUCCAUGGGCGCCCUGAAUUUGUCCAGCUUGGCCGUUGCCGGUGUGGCCACCAGCGCGCUGGUGGUGAACCCAAGCAAGUCCAAGGUUGCUCGUAACUUCUUUGGAGAGUCCAGCAGCUAUAGCAGCUUCGACCCGGCAAAGGAGUUGGGUGUGCAAGAACCCAUCGGGUUUUGGGACCCCCUUGGUCUGAGCGCAGACAAGGAUGAAGCAACCUUCAAGCGCCGCCGUGCCGUCGAGAUCAAGCAUGGCCGAAUUGCCAUGUAUGCAACAAUUGGCUACAUUGUCCCCGAGUACUACAAGUUCCCAGGAUACCUUUCUCCAUCUUUGGGUCUUAAAUUUUCCGACGUGCCCAACGGCCUUGCAGCUUUGUCCAAGCUGCCUGUGCUCGGCGGUGCUCAGAUCAUUGCCUUCGCUGGUUUGAUUGAGACCACUGGAUUCUUCCAGGCAGCUUCCACCACCGAUGGACGUGGCCCUCGUGAGGGUCAGUUCAGCAUGAAGGACUCCACAGAGACUGGUGAGCCAGGCAACUACGGUGUUGGCUUCCCCACCUUCUUGGGUAAGGUCGAGGACCCUGAGGCUCGCAAGUCUAAGCUCGCGGCCGAGUUGGCCAACGGCAGAUUGGCAAUGAUGGCGAUCAUCGGAAUGUUUUUCCAGGAUGGAUUGACUGGCUCCGCCUGGGGAGACUGGAGCUUGUACACUGCCUCUCCUUUGCGUGCUGGCCGCGAGUCCAAGGUUGCUCGUAACUUCUUUGGAGAGUCCAGCAGCUAUAGCAGCUUCGACCCGGCAAAGGAGUUGGGCGUGCAAGAACCCAUCGGGUUUUGGGACCCUCUUGGUCUGAGCGCAGACAAGGAUGAAGCAACGUUCAAGCGCCGCCGUGCCGUCGAGAUCAAGCAUGGCCGAAUUGCCAUGUAUGCAACAAUUGGCUACAUUGUCCCCGAGUACUACAAGUUCCCAGGAUACCUUUCUCCAUCUUUGGGUCUUAAAUUUUCCGACGUGCCCAACGGCCUUGCAGCUUUGUCCAAGCUGCCUGUGCUCGGCGGUGCUCAGAUCAUUGCCUUCGCUGGUUUGAUUGAGACCACUGGAUUCUUCCAGGCAGCUUCCACCACCGAUGGACGUGGCCCUCGUGAGGGUCAGUUCAGCAUGAAGGACUCCACAGAGACUGGUGAGCCAGGCAACUACGGUGUUGGCUUCCCCACCUUCUUGGGUAAGGUCGAGGACCCUGAGGCUCGCAAGUCUAAGCUCGCGGCCGAGUUGGCCAACGGCAGAUUGGCAAUGAUGGCGAUCAUCGGAAUGUUUUUCCAGGAUGGAUUGACUGGCUCCGCCUGGGGAGACUGGAGCUUGUACACUGCCUCUCCUUUGCGUGCUGGCCGCGAGUCCAAGGUUGCUCGUAACUUCUUUGGAGAGUCCAGCAGCUAUAGCAGCUUCGACCCGGCAAAGGAGUUGGGCGUGCAAGAACCCAUCGGGUUUUGGGACCCUCUUGGUCUGAGCGCAGACAAGGAUGAAGCAACGUUCAAGCGCCGCCGUGCCGUCGAGAUCAAGCAUGGCCGAAUUGCCAUGUAUGCAACAAUUGGCUACAUUGUCCCUGAGUACUACAAGUUCCCAGGAUACCUUUCUCCAUCUUUGGGUCUUAAAUUUUCCGACGUGCCCAACGGCCUUGCAGCUUUGUCCAAGCUGCCUGUGCUCGGCGGUGCUCAGAUCAUUGCCUUCGCUGGUUUGAUUGAGACCACUGGAUUCUUCCAGGCAGCUUCCACCACCGAUGGACGUGGUCCUCGUGAGGGUCAGUUCAGCAUGAAGGAUUCCACAGAGACUGGUGAGCCAGGCAACUACGGUGUUGGCUUCCCCACCUUCUUGGGUAAGGUCGAGGACCCUGAGGCUCGCAAGUCUAAGCUCGCGGCCGAGUUGGCCAACGGCAGAUUGGCAAUGAUGGCGAUCAUCGGAAUGUUUUUCCAGGAUGGAUUGACUGGCUCCGCCUGGGGAGACUGGAGCUUGUACACUGCCUCUCCUUUGCGGGCAGAAGAUGCAGAGGAGCCUCCUAAGCCUCCUCCCUUCGACCCUGCCAAACAGGUGGGCGCCAUGGAACCUUUGGGUUACUUUGACCCUGCGGGAUUCUGCAAGGUGGGUGACAAGGUGCGGGAUCCGGUGGAAGGUGGAGUUCCGCGGGUGCUAGACAUCAGAAUUGCAGCGGUGGUUGAUACCUAUGAGCUAAUUGAUUAUCAUUGA